AUGGGCUGGUUGACGGUCGGGGUUAGGUGUCAAGUCUACCGGUCGCAACAAAGUAAUAAAGAUGAGGAUACUCGAUCAAAUAUAUCUUCUUCUUCUUGUCUUUUCUUCUUCUUCUCUUUCUUCUUCUUUCGCUUCUUCUUCUUCUUCUUCUUUCGCUUCUUCUUCUUCUUCUUUUGCUUCUUCUCAUUCUUCUUCUUCUUCUUCUUCUUCUUCUUCUUUCGCUUCUUCUUGUAUUUUUCUUCUUCUUCUCUUUCUUCUUCUUUCGCUUCUUCUUCUUCUUCUUUUGCUUCUUCUCAUUUUUCUUCUUCUUCUUUCGCUUCUUCUUGUAUUAUUUUCUUCUUCUCUUUCUUCUUCUUUCGCUUCUUCUCUUUUUUCUUCUUCUUCUCUUUUUCUUUCCUCUUCUUUCGCUUCGUUUUCUUCUUCUUCUCAUUCUUCUUCUUCUUCUUCUUUCGCUUCUUCUUGUAUUUUUCUUCUUCUUCUCUUCUUCUUCUUUCGCUUCUUCUCAUUCUUCUUCUUCUUUCGCUUCUUCUUGUAUUAUUUUCUUCUUCUCUUUCUUCUUCUUUCGCUUCUUCUUCUAAUUCUUCUUUCGCUUCUUCUUCUUCUUCUUCUUCUUCUUCUCAUUCUUCUUCUUCUUCUUCUUGUUUUUCUUCUUCUAGUCUUUCUUCUUCUUUCGCCUCUUCUUCUCUUUCUCCUUCUCUUUCUCUUUCCUCUUCUUUCGCUUCUUCUUCUUUUUCUUUCAAUCGAUUUUUUUUCAUCCUUGACGUCCUUGAUUUCAUUUUUCAUCUUUUUUUUCUCUUUUCUUUCAAAUUAUUCUUUGUUAUGCUUCUUUAUUUUAUCACCCCAACACCCCACUACCCCCACCACCAAAAAAAAAAGAAAAAAAAAAAGACUUCUUCAUAUAUUCCAGUCAUUCAGUGUCUUUUAUUUCUUUUAAUUGACGUCUUUUGGUAUCGUUUCUUUCUUUUUCUUUCUUUUUUUUUAAUGUUGUUCUUUUUUCAUUUGAACUAUUUUUAUUCAUUCAUUUAUUAUUCCUUUUUUUUUUCUUCAUCGUUGGCAUUUCCCUUUUUGUCUACUUUUCUUCAUUACAUUCUAUUCUCUACUUUUAUCCAAUCUUCUUUUCAAUUCUUCUCUUCAACAAUCUCUCCUUUCUUUUUUGGUUUCCUUUUUUGCUUUAAAAUUUCUUUCUUUCUUUCUUUCUUUCUUUCUUUCUUUCCCCGUCAUUUUUCUUCGCUACUUUUAUUCAUUCUUCUUUCAAUUCUUCUCUUUGACAAUUCCUCCAUUCUUUUUGGUUUCUUUUAUUCUGUAAAAUUUCUGUCGUUCUUCUUUCUUUCUUUCUUUCUUUCUUUCUUUCUUUCUUUCUUUCUUUCUUAUCCUUUUCUUCGACAAAUGACUUUAUUUCUUUAUUUUUUUCUCCUUUCCUUUUUUAAAUAUUUUUCUUUCUUUCCAUCAUUAGUCUUUCUUGAUUUGCUGCUUUCAGUUCUUUCCUACAAUUUCCCUUUCUUUUUUGUUUUCCUUCCUUUAUUAAAUAAUUUUCUUUCUUUCUUUCGUCUUUAUUCUUAUUUUUAUUUCUUUCAUUUUUUCCCUCUUUUUUAUUUUUCCUUCCAUCCUCCUUCACUCUCUCCUUUCCUUCCUUCCUUCGUUUUGUCAAAAUGCGGCCCUUUUCCAUUUCUUCCUUACUCAAGGAAAUUUCUCGUUUUGCCUUCCAUUUACACUUUUUUCCUUUCUUCUUCUUCUUCUUCUACUACUUCUUCUUCUUCUUCUUCUUCUUCUUUCAAUUCUUCUUCUUCUUUCCCUUCUUCGGCUCUUUUUGCUUCGUUUUCUUCUUCUUCUUUCGCUUCUUCUUCUUCUUCUUCUUCUCUUUUUUCUUCUUUCCUUUCUUCUUCUCAUUCUUCUCAUUCUUCUUUUUCGCUUCUUCUUCUUCUUGCGCUUUUUCUUCUCUUUCUUCUUUUUCCUCUUCACUUUCUUCUUCUUUCGCUUCUUUUUCCCUUUCUUCUUUUUCUUUUUCCUUCUUCUCCUCCUCCUUCUUCUUCUUCUUCGUUUUCGCUUUUUCUUCUUCUUUCGCUUCUUCUUCUUUCGCUUCUACUUCUUCUUCUUCUUCUUCUUUCGCUUCUUUUUCUCUUUCUUCUUCUUUCGCUUCUUCUUCUCUUUUUCUUCUUUCGUUUCUUCUUAUUAUUAUUAUUCUUUUUCGCUUCUUCUUCUUCUUCUUUCGCUUCUUCUUCUCUUUCAUCUUCUUCUUCUUCUUCUGUGCCUACAUCUUUUAAUUUCUUCCCUAUUUAUUCCUCAUUGCCACAAGGAAAUCGUUUCUUUUCUAUUCCUUAUUCCCAAACCUUUUCGCAUUCUAUUCCUUCACUGACGAACCAAAUAAUAGCUUCGGUUUUUCCCGCCCGAGCAAAAACUCUCUUAUUUAUUUUCGUAUUUUUUUGCAAUUUUCCUUUCGGUUUCUUUCUUUCUUUUUUUUUUCCAUUUUCCAUUAAUUUCGCCAUUUCGUUCUUUCUUUCUUUCUUUCUUUCGUUCGUUCUUUCGUUCGUCCUUUCUUCUUUCUUUCUUUCGUUCGUUCGUUCUUUCGUUCGUUCUUUCUUUCUUUUUUUCUUUCGAUUUUUCUUUCGUUCGUUCUUUCGUUCUUUCGUUCGUUCUUUCUUUCUUUUUUUCUUUCGAUUUUUCUUUCGUUCGUUCUUUCGUUCGUUCGUUCGUUCGUUCUUUCUUUCUUUCUUUCUUUCUUUCUUUCUUUCGUUCGUUCUUUCGUUCUUUCGUUCUUUCUUUCUUUCGAUUUUUCUUUCGUUCAUUCUUUCGUUCGUUCUUUCUUUCGGUCUCUCUUUGUUUCUUUCGUUCGUUCUUUCUUUCUUUCGAUUUUUCUUUCGUUCUUUCGUUCGUUCUUUCUUUCUUUCUUUCUUUCUUUCUUUGUUUUUUUUGCUCUUUCGUUCAUUCUUUCGUUUUUUCUUUCGUUCUUUCUUUCUUUCAAUCUUUCUUUCUUUCGUUCUUUCGUUUUUUUCUUUCGUUCUUUCUUUUAGAUUUCUCUCUUUCUUUCUUUCUUAUUUAAUCGAUUAUUUUUCCAACAUUUUAUUUCAGAUUUUCUUUCAUUUAUUUGACAUCUUACGAUUGUGUAUUUUCCUAACGGGAAUUUCUCUCAUAUUUCGUUGCCAGUAG